GGGACGCGUCGCGUCGCGUUCGAUCAUCAACUCUUCAAAGCUUCGCGACCACCAAGCACCAUGGAUUCAGCCGACUUUUCUGAAUUCUCUAUCCCCUCACACGACUCUCGCAUUCUCUCAGAGUCUCUCGUCUUUCCCAGCUCAAGUUCUCGCUCAACGUCACAAGCCGACCCAGAUAAUUCUGACCUCUCUUUAUCCGAACUUUCUCUCGGUACUGGUCAUUUACAAUCGGGUGCACGGGAGAAAAGACCAUUUAGUUUACUUGCCAGACCUAUACAGGAUGAGAGUGCUGUCGUUGAUGAUGAUGAUGCCCAGGUGGAGGGGCAAGGCGAGGGACACGGAGCGGAAGGCGGAGAGAUGGAUGCUACAAUGACUCAAGAGGACAUCGAGAAUGCUAAACGGUUGGCCGCGAGGACCAGAGAAGAGAAAUUACAACAUGAUCUUUUCAUUCUCAAAAAACUCAACGCAGCCUUCGAAGUCUACAAAGACGCUUUACGCGAAACGAAAUCCGCCACUGAUCGAGUAUCAGAGCAAUUAACUCACACUAACGCCCUCCUUGACAAAUACACCACCAUCCUCCAUAGAUCCGAGAAAAUCACAAAACUUAUACUUGAUGAACGCUGGGAAGGCGCAGAAGGAGACGAAGCACAGCUCGAGCUUGAACGACAAGCUGAAUUUGAACGUCGACGGCGGGAAGAAGAGGAACGUGUCUUAGCCGUUCAAAAGGAACGUGAACGCAUAGAGAGGGAAGAGCGGGAGCGGAAGGAGAAGGCAGAAAAAGAGCGGUUGGCGAAGGAGAAAGCCGAACUUGUCAAAGCUAAUGCCCUCAGAGGAAUUGGGAGCAGUGGAGUGAGAGGAGUCAGAGGGACAAGAGCUUCUAUGAGAGCUGCUAGUGCUGUACGCGGCGGUGGCAGAGGACGCGGUACCCCUCCCUCGGGUUUACCUACUAGCUCUAGUAUGUCGAUGCGCGGUCGACCUGGUUCAUCCGCUUCUGUUCGGAGUGGAAGUAGCGCAAGCAGAGGUAUCCCGAGGAAAGUGACAUAAGGAACGGGUGUUCAUAAUGCUCCGUCCUUUAGGUCCGAUUUCCUCCUUUCAUCAUACUGCCCAGCCUCUGAUCUUCCUGCAGAAUUGUGCCUCUCGUGUGUAUCUCCGUGAGCUACGACAGAUGUCACGAUCGAUGCGGAUGCGCCAGAGACUACACGUCCUUUGACAUGAUGACUAGUUGCUUCGCGCCAUCGGAGGUCUGAGAGGGCGCUGCCGGGAUAUACCCAACGCGUUGCAGAAGAAGAGGAAUUGCUGCAUUCAUUAUCUCCCCACAGAGCCUGACUAGCUCAGGACUGGUGGGAUGCUGUCGCGAGGUGCAGGCACUCAUGUCCGACGAUUUACAGAUGCACCUGUACUCUCGGCGCCUGUAUAAAAUUCAAAUUUUCCAGGUGGGACAAUCCGCAUGCCUUGCUUCUCACUUUCACUGCUUCCAUCACCAUCAAGAUCCGGUGAACAACUGGAUCAAUUCAAUGUCCUCCGAUGCAAGAUGAACAAUGACAAGUUAAAUUACUCUACCAGCCUUCGUAGACAUGUCACCGCACGCCCUCACACUCUUUUUCCUUCUUUCUCUUCUCUCCUUCUGUUCAUCUCUUGUUACGUUCUUCGGACGUUGCAGACAAAGGACAUCUAGCACCUAACAUACCCGAUACAGCUAUGUCUACAACUCUGACCUGCAUUACCCGAAGUGUUCUCCUUCUGGCUGUGACCUCUGUAUUUGCCCAAACCGGUAAAUUCAACGUUUUUUUUGUUUACU